ACUUAAUAAUAGACCAAGCGCAUAAGCUUACCUUUCAUGGCGGCCCUCGCCUAACAUUAUCACUUAUCAGACAGAAGUACUGGAUUGUGGGCGGUAAUAGAGCAGUAAAGAGGCAAUUGAGAUUAUGUGUAACAUGUGUUAAAAACAACCCUCGGAUGCAAUAUCAAAUAAUGGGCGACUUGCCCGAAGCUCGGUGUAAUCCGGCGCGACCCUUUAAGCAUACUGGAGUUGACUUCACGGGAUAUAUCCUAAUAAAAAGUAGCAAAGGACGAGGAAUCAAGUGCACAAAAGGUUACAUAGCCGUAUUUAUAUGCAUGGCUACAAAGGCAGUGCAUUUAGAAGUAGUAUCUGAUUUAACCACCUCGGCCUUUUUAGCAGCAUUGAAAAGAAUGGCGGCCCGAAGAGGGACUCCGGAACAUAUUUAUAGUGAUAAUGGCACAAAUUUUAUUGGUGCCAAUCGUGUACUUGACUCCGGGUAUGACGAAUUAAAACGAGUAUUCGCAGAAGAACAAUUUGCCACCACAAUUACGGAUAUGGAAAUAAACUGGCAUUUCAAUGCACCUGCAUGGCCCUCUGCUGGCGGAUUAUGGGAAGCAGCUGUUAAAAGCUUAAAGGCUCAUACAAAGAAGAAGAUCCGGAGGAUAUUAAUUUUCUAACACCAGCUCAUUUCUUAACUGGGGGCCCUACACUUUCAUUAUUGCCCACCGAAAAUGACUUAAGAACGAGAUGGUACUUAGUGGAGAAAACUUUCCAAGACAUAUGGAAGAGGUGGCAAUCGGAAUACUUGCCUACAUUGACAUCUCGAAGUAAAUGGCAAAAACCACGAGAAAACUUAAAAUUACAAGACUUGGUCGCUAUUCACGACGCGAAUAUUCCUCCCGGAAAAUGGGCUAUGGGCAGAGUUGUAGAAUUACAUCCAGGCACUGAUAAUAUCGUCAGAGUAGUUUCGCUAAAGACAAAGAACGGAGUAAUCAAACGGCCAAUUGUCAAAUUAAGUCCCUUGCCAGUGCAGAACAGCAGUAAAGAAGCAGCCGAAAACGAAUCAAACAUAUCUGCAAAACCACGGCCCAUACUACGAAAGAGUCUCGGUAACGUUUUAGCGAUAAUGCUUUCGUUUAUAUUUUUUUUAACAUACGUAUCAGCUACGCAUCCGGAAAAUUAUAAUAUAAGUACAUUCAACAAUAAUAAGGGGUUAUACUUAGACAAAAUAAGUAAUAUGCAAUUAAUUCAGGAAAAAUGGAGAAUCGUUGUCUACUAUGAGAUGAAACCCUAUUGGGAAGGUGAAAAGGCAUUCGAACAAUAUUAUAAAACUUUACAAGGCAUGUGUUCUGCCCUCGAUGAAAAAACACAUUGCGAAAUUACUAUGAAUCAAUUACGUCAUAGCUUCGAGGAACUCAAAUACUACGAUCAGGUGUUGCUUACGCAGCACCCGGGCACGCGCUCGAAGCGGCGUCGGCGCGGCCUUAUCAACGGUGUCGGAUACGCGGCACACUCCUUAUUCGGAGUAUUGGACGAAUCAUUCGCUGAACAAUAUCAAAAGGAUAUCUCUUUAGUUAAAGAGAAUGAGCAGCAUUUGGCAAACCUGUGGAAAAAUCAGACAUCAGUUCUGGAAGCAGAGUACAAUCUCAUGAAGCGGUCAGAGGAAGAAAAUUAUAAUUUACGAAAAUUAAUAAAUCGACACGCAAAUGAAGUUAAGAAGGCAAUUACUACUCAAGUCACUGAAAUCAAUAGACUAGAGCGCAUUACUCAGUUUACUCUUGACAGCAUUUCAGCAACAAACGUACUUGCUAAUUUAAGGAAUAUGCAGGAGUAUCUGAUUGACACCAUCACCGAUAUUUACCAUGGUCGAUUUAAUUUUCACCUUAUUUCGUCGGAACAAUUACGCAGGGAAUUAAAUAUAAUAUCCAAUCAUAUUUCAACAGAUCUUUCUUUGCCAAUUAAUAAUAGUCAAAAACAAUUUGGCAAUAUAUAUAAAUUUUUAAGAGUUAAGGCAAGGAUGCUUUAUGAGCAAUUAAUAUUGGAAAUCUCGGUUCCGCUUGUCAGCCGAGAUGGUUUUGAAAUCUAUAAUGUGAUUUCUGUUCCUUAUAAGAGUGACGCACUUACGAUGGUCAAAAUUGUCCCUAUUUCAGAUCUCGUCGCAAUAAACAAAGAAAAAAAUUCAUACAUACAGAUGUCAGAAAAUGAAUUGCUAUCAAGUUGUGAUUAUUAUUCCGAUAUUUAUUAUUGUAACCUACCUAAACUGUUUUAUAAUAUGAAACCAGAAGAUAGCUUAUGUAAGACAGGAAUGAAAAAGCAAUGUCAGUUUGAGAAAAUGCCAUGCGAUAACGAGUGGAUUGACCUGAAUAAAAAGAAUACAUAUUUAUACUUUUGUUGUGAUCGGUGUCCAUUACAUAUUAUGUGUGGCGAUCAAAUUUCUGCAGAACAAUUAAAUACGACUGGAUUAAUAAGCAUAGGUCAUGGUUGCAUGUUACGCAACAAGAAAGGUGUCAUUUAUGCUCAUAACGAGUAUCAGAAUGUGCUCAAGACUGGACCAAUGGUUUAUUCGCCUUAUAUGGAUUCAAUUAAUAAUAUGAUAAAUGUGUCCUUAUCCUCGGAUGUUAUUGAAAAUUCAAAAAACAACUACACAAUUAAUAGUCUUGAUAAAAUAGGCACGGAUCUGGAAGAUAUGCGAAAGGAGGCUCCCAUAAUUAGUAGUGUGACAUUUCACGACGUACAUCAGUAUAUUGCCUUAUACUCUAUUUUGGGCAUCUUCGUCGUGGUAGGAGCGAUUCUAUUGUUGCGGAGGUUUCGUCGAGCAGGUACGGUAGCACCUGUCCAGCAGAUACCAUCUGGCCAAGCAACAAUUCCAAUACAGAAAACAAUUGAUGGGCAGCAGGAGACGUCGAUAGCGGCAUUGGCAGCAGCAGUGGCAGCCAGUCUCGCAAUGGGCUCUACAGAACCCACCCGGGACCGGACUCCGAUAGGUCUUAGUGUUAGUGAUAGUGCCGUGGAUUGGUGUAGGAAGUGUUAGCAUAAGUUUAGAGACUUUAAAUACCUCCUAGAGACUAUUAAGCACGUAAUGGAUUCAUCUUGUAAAGCACUACAUAUUCAUCUUGCACUUUUUGCCUGGGGGAGUAUGUACGAGCCAAAGCUGUACAUUUUGCUCACUCAGGCUAUCUUAGAAUUAUAAGCGUGAUGAUCCCUAUGUACGUGCCAAGGUUCG